AUGAGCAAGCCGGACUUCAGCCACCUGAGCCUGCAGGACAAGAACUGCACGGCCUUCCACAAGUACAUGGAGUCCAAGGGUUACCAGUUGGGUGAUGCGCUGUACGAGUAUGGCAAGACCUGGAAAAGCUGGGGAACUUGCAUCGUGUGCGAGGUUGACUUCCCGGCCAACGUCGCCAGCCACGUUUGGGGCAAGGCCCACUGCAACAAGUUGAAGGAGAAGCUUAAUUGGCAGGAGCCGCGUGAUCCACAACAGUUGAAUCAGUUCACCCAGUUCUGGAAGCUGGAAGGCUACUACAAGCCUGGCUAUUUCUUCAACCACAUCACGGGUGAACAGGGACUUUGCGACUUCGCACCACCGGACGCGCCUGCUUCCAUCCAGAGCGUCCCGACUCCGAUGAGCGUCGCUGCGCCAAUGCCCGGGCCGCCCCAAAUGCAAUGUCCGGCAGCUGCACCUCAGGAGAUGCCUGCUACCAGGCCAGCAGGCGGCUGCCUCCUGGUUCCACACAGCCAAGGCUACAUCAAGAGCAUUCAGGCGUUGGAACUGUGGAGAAUGCACAUGGACAAGACGGGAUCCGCGCUGGAUGGGGAGCUGGAAAAGACGGGUAGGUACGAUCACGAGUGCAUUGUCUGCCAGAAAGCCAUGACUCGUGGCGCCGGUGAUCAUUUAAAGUCCAAGAAUCAUUGGGCCGAGCUAUGGAAGAAGGUCGGCAAGAACAUGCCCCAGCCAGACCUGGUCUUGGAGAAGGGAAAGCCCUGGUGGCAGGAAUUUGUGGUCCCUCAAGGGAAGUGCAUUCUGAACCAUCUGACGGGUGGCCUGGAGAUCGCCGGAGCAGAGCCUGCAGGAUACGCCAGUGGAUGCAAUGGCGCGGCAAAUGGUGCUGUGAGUAUGCCGGCUACCCCCGCUGCAGCUCCCGUUCAGCCGGAGUCCGAGCCUGGUGCACCUCCUUCGCAGCCUCUGUCUCCAAGUGCAGAUGCUGCUGGCAUGAUCGUGCCCCACGGUACCACUUGGCGACAGGCUUUGAGUGAGAGCAAGGACAAAUGGCGGACGUUCAUGGAGCCAGCAGCCACAGUGCUGGAACAGAAGGUGCCCAACAGCUAUGAGUGCAUGUGCACCGUCUGCGACAACAAGGUCAUGACGAGAGGUGCCAAGGAUCAUUUAACAUCCCAGGGUCACUGGAAAAAUUUGUGGGACAAGAUGCAGAAAUUGAAUCGGGACCUUCCCCCCGACAACGUGGCUUGCCAGAUGACUGCCCGGCCGUGGGUGCAAGAAUUCCCAACCGCUUCGGGAAAGUACGUCUUCAAUCACCUCACUGCUGGCCAAAUGCUACAAGGCGGCUCCGCACUCCUGCAGCCGCUGCAGCCUCAGGGCCAGGCGCCCGCGAUGCCGGCACCUCCCAUGCCUCCGGUGCCUGCGGUGCCCGUGCAAUCUCCGCAGAUGCAACCUCAGCAGAUGCAGGCCCCGCCGCAGCCUAUGCAGCCUGUGCAGCCUGUGCAGCCAGCGCAGCCAGCAGUGCCGAUGCAGCCCAGGAUGCAGGAGGGAGGCAUGGUGGUCCGGAACGGGCUAAACUACAAAGAGGCUCUGGCUGAGAUUGGCAAGUGGAAGAAGUUCAUGGCAGAGCCCACGGAGCGACUGGACAGCUUCAUCUACCAACUCAUGCCCAACUACACCGGGAAGUGCCUUGUCUGCCAGGCUGAUAUGUUGGGCUUCAACACGCACAUUUGCAGUCAGAAGCACUUCAAGCAGUUAUGGGCAAGGAUCGGCUCAAAAGGAAUCCCGGACCCGUCGACGGUAAUGGACUGGAACGCAGCGUGGGUGGAGAAGAUAGAAACCCAACGUGGACCAUACCUGCUGAACCACCUGACUGGUGAGCAGGGCUUCCAAGCGGACCUGCUGAAAGCGCCCGCCGGCCCUUCUCCGGUCGCCGCUCCCGCUACGCAUGCCGCACCGGAUGCAGGCUACUCCCGUCCUCCAGCUCCGACACCGGGCCCAGUCGCGCAGCCUCUGCCGCAGCCUUGUGCAGCCCCUACGCCUGCGACGAGUUACAACAUGGACUUCCUUCUUUGGCAGUGUCAGGUGCGGGAUCCCGCUGAACGAUUGGAAGAAGCGCUGGAAGAACGUGGCGAAGAAGACAUGUGGAACGAUCCAGUCCUGGAGUGUGCGAUCUGUCAGAAGAGCAUCGACAGCGCCAAGGGCUCCGUGAAGGCGCAUCUCAUGUCCUUGGAGCAUUUCCAGCAGCUAAAGGGAAAGCUACACCAAGAGCUCACGAGGUUGGGUUCCAUGGAGCUGGUGAUGCAGCAGAAGCACAAAUUUUGCCAGAACUUCGAUGUAGCUGCCUUCCAGCACCUCAAGCCGGAAGUGAUAUACCAGUGA